GAGAGAAUAAAAAAUGUUUGAUAGUUUGGUUUGGGUUAGUCAAAUUUGACUAAUGCCUUCUCCUGAUAAUUUUGGAGCUCUGCAUCUCCGUGACUCCGUCCGACUGGUUUUCUCAAAGGAACUGUGAAGUUUUGAUUCUGAAAGUUGGAAGUAGUAAUGGGUGGUCAUGGAGGUCUGAAUAUAUUGCCUCAGAAGCGGUGGAAUGUGUACAACUUUGAUAACAGAGAGAAGGUGCGGCUCGAUGAAGAAGCCGCCGCCAAAGAGGAGCAGCUCAAGCGUGAGCAAGCACGGCGGAGAGACACCGAGUACCGCCUUGAGCAGCUCCGGGCAGCUCGGGGAUUGGCCCCAUUGGUACAGCCCAAGGAGUCUGCUGGGGAGGAAGCGAAGCCGGGUCAGAAUCAGAAUGCUGAAGUUGAGUCCAAGCCUGGUCAUAUUAACCUCUUUGAGGGGAUUAAGAUUUUCGACCCUAUCAAGGGGUUGGAGAAGGAGGGAGGUGAGGGGAAAGACGGGUUUAAGAGGAAUACGAAGAUGAAGAAAGAGGAGCCGCCCAGGGUUGUGACAGCGGAGGAUGAGAAGUAUAGGCUGGGGUAUGGAGUUGCAGGGAAGGGGGUUAAGUUGCCGUGGUACCUGGAAAGGCAGACUGCGGAUGCAAAUGGUGAGGAUGAUGAGUCAUCGACAGGGGUUAAGGAAGAGAAGAAGAACAAGAGUGGGAAGAAGACGAUAGAAGAGAUGAGGGAAGAACGGUUGAGAAGGGAGAAGCGAGAGAAGGAAAGGGUGCGCGCUUUGAUUGUGAAUAAGAAUGGGAGCCAGAGCAGGAGGGAUGGAGCUGAUUUUAGCGAUAGACACUAGGAGGUGAGUUCUCACAAAAAUGUUUAUAACUAGAACUUUGGGUGUGCAGAUUCCAAUUGUUUGUCUGUAACAUGUUUGCUGUUGCAACAGUGUGAAUGGCGGUUGUUACUUUCAUGCUUUUAGUGAAAUAAUAUUACACAAAUUGGAAUGAA